CCCACUCAAUAAGCUCAGCCCGUUUGUGGACGAUUCGGGCGUUAUUCGCGUCGGAGGGCGUCUACGACAUUCUCAAAUGUCUUUUCAGGCUACCCAUCCAAUCAUCCUACCGAGCUCGUCGCGAAUUACUUACCUCGUCAUCGAUGAGCAUCACCGACGAUCGUUGCAUGGGGGCACCCAGCUGACCCUGUGUUCCAUCCGCCAAGAAUUCUGGAUUCCUCGUGGACGAUCCCUCGUUAAAAACCACAUUCACCGCUGCGUUAGAUGCCUGCGAUGGCGGGCGGCUACAGCACAGCCUCUCAUGGGUGACUUGCCUGCGCCCCGAGUGACGCCAGGAAGACCAUUCCUCCAUACUGGCGUCGACUACGCCGGACCCGUCUGGCUGCGAAGUGCCAAAGGCCGCGGGCAAAAAUCUUCUAAGGCCUUCAUUGUCGUUUUCAUCUGUUUAGGUUCCAGGGCCGUCCAUCUUGAUGUCGCCUCGGACUACUCGGCCGACGCCUUCUUGGCAUCCUUGCGUCGGUUCAUCGCUCGGCGAGGUGUAUGCCAAACGCUAUACAGCGACUGUGGGACCACCUUCAUAGGCGCCGACACGCAACUCCGAGACUUAUUCGCAGCCACAAACCCUGAAGGCCGUCGCAUCGCCUCCUUCGCUGCUCAGGAACAAAUUCAGUGGCGGUUCAACCCGCCGGCUGCGCCCAACUUCGGUGGCAUCUGGGAAGCGGCAGUCAAGUCAAUGAAGCACCAUCUUCGCAGAGUGAUAGGAGAAGCUACACUCACCUACGAGGAGAUGGCCACUCUCCUCUCCCAGGUCGAGGCUUGCCUCAACUCUCGGCCUCUGCAACCGCUGACCGACGACCCGGAGGACUUCAGCGCGCUGACGCCCGGCCAUUUCCUCAUCGGCUCCGCGCUCUCCGCCGUCCCCGAACCGUCGCUGACCGAGGAAUCGUCGUCGCGCCUCUCCCGGUGGCAGCUUCUACAAAAGAUAAAAGAUCAUUUCUGGUCUCGAUGGUCUCGCGAAUAUCUGCACACGCUGGCUCAUCGGCCGAAAUGGUUCAAAAUAAACCGGGAAGCUCGCGUCGGUCGACUCUGUUUAAUCCGUCACGAAAUGACCGCUCCAACGAGGUGGCCUCUAGCGCGCAUCACCAAAUUGCUCUCCGGAGCCGACGGACACGUUCGCGUCGUCGAGGUCCGCACCGCCACCACUGUCUUGACCCGACCCGUUAGCAAACUCGUUUUCCUUCCCGACGCUGACGAACUGCCACCUAAAACCCAAAGCGAUUAG